UGUAGGACAUUAGUUAAGCCGCUUGUCACUCAAGUCGGUCCAGUGGGGGCGGGAUCUUCUUCAGACGCGCGGAGCGAGUCUGCUCAUAACAGCUGCCGCGCGGUCCUUGUCCGACUGUUUUCAGCGUGUGGAGAUGUCUUCUCUCACGAAUAUGUAAUCGUAAUGUGACGCUCAGUUCACUGUCUUGUGAUGGGUAGACACGGCGAAUCUUAACUUCUGUGAGGAUCUUUUUUUUUUUCUUUUUUUUUCGUUCCAUGUGGAUUAAAAGCCUGCUCUGUUUCUGAUCUCAUGUCUCUGAACUGGCUGCUCCACUGUGGGGUACCGCCGAGGGACUGGUGACUCGGAUCAAGCAAAAGCCGGAGACCAGGAGCGUUGCUUUCACAGUGGCCAGUCGGUGUCUCGAGCUGGAGGGUUGAGUCUACUCAAAGAUGAGGAGGAAGCUUUCAGCUGCCGGCAUCAUGCUGUGCUUCUCAUUAGCCAUGCUGCCGAGUAGAAGUCACUGCAAGGAGCCGGACCAUGGUGCUCGGAGUCGCCCCAUUCCCAUGUCCCCAUCAGACUUCUUAGACAAACUCAUGGGCAGGACGUCUGGAUAUGAUGCCAGGAUAAGACCAAACUUUAAAGGUCCAGCCGUCAAUGUAUCCUGUAACAUUUUCAUUAACAGCUUUGGUUCAAUUGCUGAGACAACAAUGGACUACCGUGUGAACAUCUUCCUGAGGCAGCAGUGGAACGACCCCAGGCUGGCCUUCACCGAGUACCCCGACGACUCCCUCGACCUUGACCCCUCCAUGUUAGACUCCAUAUGGAAACCAGAUCUCUUCUUUGCCAAUGAGAAGGGAGCCCAUUUUCAUGGAGUCACAACGGAUAACAAACUUCUCAGGAUAUUCAAGAAUGGCAAUGUUCUUUACUCCAUUAGGCUCACACUGACCCUGUCGUGUCCCAUGGAUUUAAAGAACUUCCCAAUGGACGUCCAAACGUGCAUUAUGCAACUGGAAAGUUUUGGUUACACCAUGAAUGACCUGAUCUUUGAGUGGCAGGAGAACGGACCAGUCCAAGUAGCCGAUGGGCUUACCCUUCCACAGUUCCUCCUCAAGGACGAAUCCGAUCUGAGAUAUUGCACCAAGCAUUACAACACAGGUAAAUUCACCUGCAUUGAGGUGCGGUUCCACCUGGAGCGGCAGAUGGGCUACUACCUGAUCCAGAUGUACAUCCCCUCUCUGCUCAUCGUCAUCCUGUCCUGGGUUUCCUUCUGGAUCAACAUGGAUGCCGCGCCCGCCAGGGUGGCCCUGGGCAUCACCACCGUGCUCACCAUGACGACCCAGAGCUCCGGCUCCAGGACCUCUCUGCCCAAGGUAUCGUACGUGAAGGCCAUUGACAUCUGGAUGGCGGUGUGUCUUCUCUUCGUCUUCUCGGCGCUGUUAGAGUAUGCGGCCGUCAACUUUGUCUCCAGGCAGCAUAAGGAUCUCCUCCGCUUCCGGCGGCCGCACAAGAACAAGCAGAAGAAUAGUAAAGGUGCAGUCGAUCCUGUGGAGCUGGCUGCCUCCCUACAGCGUAUUAACACUGACAACGGCCUCAAGCCCCCUGGCCCACUGUAUGGGUCUAUGACCAACAUCUACACCAACAACCACAGGGAGGAGGAGGUACGAGACAAGCACCGCAGCGUCACAGGCUCCGCCCACGGCAACCACAAGGAGUCAAUUUCCAAGGGCAGCGCAAACAGUGCCGUUGUCAUAGCAACAACCCCAGGAGGCAGCGCGGCCCUGGCUGCCCACACCCUGCCCGUGGCGGCGGGGGGGAAGGCGGCCCCCGGCCCCGGCGGCAAAACACACGAGCAGAUGAGGAAGCUGUUUAUCGACCGCGCCAAGAAGAUCGACACGGUGUCGCGGGCCGGCUUCCCCCUGGCCUUCCUCUUCUUCAACAUCUUCUACUGGGUGCUCUACAAGAUCCUGAGGCACGAGGACGUGCACAAGCGCUAGCCCACGGCGCGGCACUCUCUGGGGCCCAGUGACUGGCCCUCUCUGGGGCCCAGUGACUGGCCCUCUCUGGGGCCCAGAGAGCAGUCCUAUCUGGGGCCCAGGGAGGACCGCUCCCUGGGCCCCACGGAGAGGACCGCUCCCUGGGCCCCACGGAGAGGACCGCUCCGUGGGCCCCAGAGAGGGCCAGUCACUGGGCCCCACGGAGUGGUCCUCUCUGGGGCCCACGGAGCGGUCCUCUCUGGGGCCAAGGGAGCGGUCCUCUCUGGGGCCCAGGGAGCGGUCCUCUCCGUGGGGCCCAGGGAGCGGUCCUCUCUGGGGCACACGGAGCGGUCCUCUCUGGGGCCCACGGAGCGGUCCUCUCUGGGGCCCAGGGAGCGGUCCUCUCUGGGCCCCACGGAGCGGUCCUCUCCGUGGGGCCCAGGGAGCGGUCGGAGGUGAACAGGGGAUUUAUUUAUCAGAAGAUCGGGAAGAGGAACAUUGGAACUACCUGAUUACUUUCUAAAAAUACUUGCAUAUCUUGCACUAGAGUGUGCAAGAUAUUUUUUGUUGCUAAAAAUGGAAAUGGUUAUAAAUGGAAAGAUAAAACAGUGAUAUAAAGGAACUCCAUUUAAAGCAUGCUCAGACAUGCUCACCAUUUUGGUGUUAAUAGACAGAAGCGGUAGAAUACAUCUCUUAUGUUUCACGUACACACAAACCCUGAGUCACGGUUUGCAUACAUGUUAAAGUGCUGUUGGUUGGAUUUAUGAGCAAUUAUUUGAGGGCUUUUGAUUUUGUUAGAAAUGGCUUAUUCAUCUGUCAGCUAAUGUGAGUGAAGAAAUUAAAUUAGAUAUACACACUAAUCACAAUGUAUGAACAACAUAGACUCCGGUUAUGGCAAGUCAUUAUGCCUUCAUAGCAGCUUAGUCAAAGUUAUCUUAUUCUACAAUAGUUAUAUUACACAACAAACACAGCUUCAACACAUUGUGCUUUGUUUCACUUGAUUUACUUUUGAAGGACCUUUUCCCCUGCUUAUUUACAGUGCAUAUUACAAGUUUUGUUGGGGACUAUUGAGCAAGUACAUGUGGACAUUUAAUUCUAAAACAGCUGUUCUCCCCAGUAACAGCUGGAUAUCCUAUGCAUCAUUUAAAUUAAUGGAAAUGGACAUUGAGGUCUGCCGAUGUCAUUGAACAAUGGGAAUUUCAACUUAACAUUGUGUUCUUUGGAAUAUCCUUUUCACACUGUGAGAGAUGUACUAUGAUGCUUCCCUAAGGGUUGCAGAAAGUAGAAAUCCCUGAUUCUAAAUACAAGUGCUAUUAUGGACUUGUACAAUGGAAAAUAUAACAUGUACUCACUGCAGGUAUGUGGACUACAAACACCAAGUCUUUCACUGUGCUGAGGACUAGAGGUGAACCACUUGGUCAUCCCCAGUGGCAAAAACACAUGCUAUGCAUACGUUUGCGCACACACACACAAAACAUACACACAGACAAAGUUAUGUAUAUAUACUCCAGUCUUUUGUUCAUCCAUAGAUUUACAAAGAAGAAAACUAGUCUUCAUUUAACACAUUCUCAUUCCUUCUCGGACAGACUUCUUUAAAAGGAAUACGUUAUUUUGUUAAACAAUCUUUUUUCCUUUCAGCCUUGUAACACUGCCACUGUGUCAUGCUUAAACAGUGGCAUCAAUACACAAACGCACACAAAAACACACACAAACACACCAAGUCUUCAAAAACACCAGUGUUGUCUUAAGAUUGCCAGUCAUCACUCAACCCAGUUUAGUUGUGCUUAAUCCCCACCAAUACAGUAAUCAUUCAUCAUGGAGCAGCUAUAUCAAUGAACCACCAACAUGCCCUUUUAUUUCAUUCUCUGUUCAACGAGGAUGGUAAGUGCAGGAGGCCAUGCAUAGAGGGAGCCAAACCAGCCAGGCCUGCCAAUCCAGUUCCUCCUCUCUGUGGAGAGACUGGGAGAGGGGAGGAGGAGUUAUGUUACUCCUGCCCAGUGAGUGUCAAACGGUGCUGGGGUUUUGCUGCUGGCUACCCAUGUGGUGGAUCUCCGGUCCUGCUGUUGUUUCGACACUGUGGCACAAUUUGACAAAAGUCAAUCCUGUAUUGAGAUGUAUAUUUCUAUGGUAAAGAAUAUAUUGAAAAUAUUUUUUUGUACAAGUGAUGAUACUAAUAAAUGUAAUGCAUGAAACCGGGCCAGUUUCAGAUUUUGUUUAAAGGCCUGUAUUUAUUGUAUGUUUUUGUUAAUCUUUUAAAAGAUUAACGCAGUUACACAAUUAGUAGUAGUAGUAAUGGAUAAUAAUAUUAUGAUUAUAUAUUGAACAACUACUGCUAUUACUACUCCUGCUAUUCUUCAGUAGGGGCUAUUUGUCCAAGCCAAGGUGUCAGGUAACAAAAGAUUCAGAGCCACGCCCCCUGUUCCAACGCCCAUUGGUUGGCUAGAUUGAGGAACCAUCAUUUAUAUUUAACGCAUAGAGAAUGAUGAAUUGC